GAGGAGGAGGAGGAGGGGAAGAGGGGGGAGAAGGAUCUGGAUCCGAGAAGGGCGCACUACCACCCAAUUCCAAACCCAAGAGAAAGCGAAAGAGAUCACGAAAGCGACGACGCCGACGAACCCAAGGAGGAGGAGCCGCAGCAGAACCUGCAGUACCAGCGGCAGCAAGAGCAAGAGCAAGAGCAGCAGCAGGAGGAGGAGGAGGAGGAGCAGGCAGCGUCGCAGGCGUCGAGGCGGCGGUCUUAUUUUCGCUCGAUCAGCGCGCCUUCGUCGUCUGCCGCCACCGCAGCCACGGCUUUCUCUUCGGAUUACAGCAUUCUUGCCGAGCGGGCAGGGGAUGCGCAUGGGUACUAUCAUCAGCUUCAGUUUCAGCAGCAGCAGCAGCAGCAGCAGCAGCAGCUGGUGGUGUUCGGACAGCAGCAGGAGCAGCAGGCGCAGCAGCAGCAUCGGGGGCGGAGGAGGGGAGAUAGUGGAGGUGCAGGGGGGCCACAUUGUGCGGUCGACGGGGCGCAAGGACCGGCACAGCAAGGUGUGCACGGCCAAGGGGCCCCGGGACCGCCGGGUGCGGCUCUCGGCGCACACCGCCAUCCAAUUCUACGACGUCCAGGACCGCCUUGGCUACGACCGGCCCAGCAAGGCCGUCGACUGGCUCAUCAAGAAUGCCAAGGACGCCAUCGACAAGCUCGCCGAGCUCCCCGCCUGGCACCCCGCCUCGUCCGCUCCCCCGGACUCUCUGCGGCAUUCCGCCGAACACCAAUUCGGCGACGCCGGAAAGCGCCCCAUCGCCGACAAUUCUCCCCCAUUCGACUUCGGCGAUAGCGGCGCCCGCGGCGGCGGCGGUAACGGCGGCAUCGGCGGCGGAAGCAGUAGUACCAGCUUCCUCCCGCCUUCGUUGGACUCCGAUGCCAUCGCCGACACCAUCAAGUCCUUCUUCCCCAUGGGCGCUGGGGCCUCCGCCACCGCGGCGGCAUCGGCGCCUUCCAUCGGCUUCCACAGCUACCACGGCCAGAGCCAGGACCUCCGCCUAUCGCUGCAAUCGUUCCAAGAUCCCAUUUUUCCCAACCCCCACAGCGCCCAGCCCCCCACCGCCCCCUCCGCUGCCGCCCACCACCAAGCCCUCUUCUCAGCCAACUUGGCCGCCGCGUUCGACCCGGGCUCGGCCGUGUGGUCCGAGCCCCAUCAGCGACUGGUGCAUUGCUGGAACGUGGCGGAGCCGAGCGCCUUCAACAUGCCCCCGCCCCCGCCGCCGCAACCGCCGCCGCCGCCGAUGCACCCGUCGGUGGUGCUCGGCCAAAACCAGUUUUUUAUUCAGAGGGGACCCCUUCAGUCCAGUAACUCGCCCUCGUUCCGGGCGUGGGCCGCGGAGCCCGCCGAAGCCUCCACCGCCGCCGCCGCCGAACACCACCACCGGAUGCACCAAGGCCUUGGGCUCAAUCCCUCGGUCCCGGCAUUCGGGUUCGCGUCGGGGGCCGGAUUCUCGGGCUUCCGCAUCCCGGCUCGUAUACAGGGCGAGGAGGAGCACGACGGCGACAAGCCGCCCUCUGCCUCCUCUGUUUCCCACCAUUGAAUUGGAGAGGAUGAUAGAGACUCUGCCACCACUUAAACCCCCACCUCCAUUGGACUAAAAUCCAUCAAGCAUUGGUUGGUUGGUUGGUUGGUUGGUUGAUCUCUCCUCUCUUAUCUUUGGUUUUGUUUCAAAAGGGCUUCUUAUGAGCCUUUUGCUUCUAUUUAUGUGCUUAGUCUCAGUUUGCUAUUUUAGCACUAGUGUUAGUAGUUGAAGUUGCUUUGUGUUGUAGUCCUGUUUUAGUGUUUUCCAUUUUGGCUAUGGGAAGUCUCUGGAUUCUGGUACUAGAAUAAUAAGUGUUUCAAGAAAGAGUGAGCAGUGAGAGUAACUGCUUUAUUUUGUGACUUGGAGGUGAAGAUGAUGUUUUUUGAUGCUGAUGAGUUGAUGGAGAGACUUUUGCUUUGAUUGGAAAUGGAUGGCCUUUUUCCCCUGUUCCUUGGUUA